AUUUAUAAAUAAUAUAUGUCAAACAAAAUAAAUGUAAAACUGUCUUCUUGUUCCUAGGCUACUUCAUCCUAUUAAUGAGGCUUAUGUUUAUGCCCUUAGCCAGGAUCCUCUCGUCUCUGCGCGAGAGAACAGCGCGAGAGCAAAGGGGCAGGAGGUGGGAGGGGCCGAUGUUGGAGAGAGUGCCGAGUUUAGCACUUUGCAACAUGAUCCGCGCGCACCACGGAGAGGCCGGGCUCUGCGGUCCUGCUGCGUCCUGCCACCACAUGGAGACACUGGAUAGAGCCAUCGGGGAAUGACAAAAGAAAGAAGGUGGACCAUCUACAACUACAUCUACAUCUGGCGGCCGGCUAUAUGAACCUGCUCAGCAUCAGCAGCGACGGACAAAGCGAAACACAGAGAUGAGGGUGACGGGAAGUCCUGCUGCUGCCCAUUGCGGUCUGCGUCAAACCCCUCGCUCCUCCAGAAGAUAAUGCCAUCGGUGCCUCUGGAAGGACUUUCUGGGCUUCGUAGGCCUAUUGCCUUGCUGCAGUGGUCCAUGUCACUUUGGAUAAAAGCGUCAGCUAAAUGACAUGUAAUGUCAGUAGCUCGGGAUAAACAUCCAGCAGGGACAGUGAUGGCCACCCCGUCUCCAGCCUCGCAGUCACUCUCAGCAUCUGCAUUGUAAGGAGAAACUCGUCCUGCGGGAGUGGGCUAGUGAAGCAAUAUGCACAGAUAAAAAACGACAUAUUUUCUUUUUUGCAUACAAAAACAGAUAGAGCCAUAUUUGGAUUAACGGGUGCUGUUGUGGUUUGCCAACAUGAACUCUCUGUAUUACUCCGGCUGUCCGCCCGGGCCGGUCUGCAACGUCCCGUCCGGGUCGGGCGCGGUGACCAGCGCCCUGCGAAACGACCUGGGCUCCAACAUCCAUGUGCUGAAAACUCUCAACCUGCGGUUCCGCUGCUUCCUUGCCAAAGUCCACGAACUGGAGAGGCGAAACAAACUGCUGGAGAGCCAGCUGCAUCAAGCUCUGCUGAAAUCGCAGUACCGACACCUGUACGCCCGUGAAGUGGCCGUGCAGACGGACGGUCCCAAUUCGCGAUUGCCCGGAACCAUCUGGAGUUUCACCCACGUCCGGAGGCACGGGAAGCGCUUUGAGACCCUGCGCGGGCCCGGGGUGUCGUGGUCGCUUCCGGAUGGAGUCGGGGUCCAAAUAGACACCAUUACCCCGGAGCUGAGGGCUCUGUAUAACGUGUUGGCCAAAGUCAAGCGGGAGAGGGACGAGUAUAGGAGAAAAUGGGAGGAGGAGCUGUCCAAGCGAGAGCAGCUGGAGUCUACGGUGCAAUCCAUGCAGCAGAGCGCCGAGGAGUCGAGCGAGGUCCAGGAUGAGCUGAGCGAGAAGGUGGACAGACUGAAGGCUGAACUGGUGGUCUUCAAGAGUCUGAUGAGUGAUAAAAUGUCUGACCUGGACACUAAGAUCCAGGAGAAAGCCUGGCGGGUGGACAUGGACAUCUGCCGGCGGAUCGACAUCACGGCCAAACUGUGCGAUGUGGCUCAGCAACGCAACUCAGAGGACAUGUCAAAGAUGUUCACCAUCGGUCCGGCUUGGUCUCUCCCAGAGAAGGGCGCCAUGGCCUGCUGCAGGAGAAAAGAGCGGAAAGUUGUGUCCGAUGAGGACAGUUCGGAGAUGGAUGCCGAGCCCAGCCCCACAGAGGACGUCCCCGGUUCACUCAACAUCACGGACGAGAUGAAACGCAUGCUCAACCAGCUGCACGAGACGUUUGAAAUUGACGACGACUGCGACAGUCUGACGUGGGAGGAAAACGAGGAGAGUCUGUUGCUGUGGGAGGACUUCGCCAACUACAACUUACCGUGCGCCCUCACCGCCGCCUGCCCCUCCACCGAUGAUAGCGGUGGAGCCACUGACCCAGACUCCCAGGAUGGAAGUCUUGGCAGCCUCAUUGACGAAACAGAGUCACGAUUUAAGACCAGAGAGCAGGAUUACCAGGAGACCAUCGGCCAGAUCGAGGAUGAAUUGGCCACAGCAAAGAGCGACAUGAACCGGCAUCUGCACGAGUACAUGGAUAUGUGCAGCAUGAAAAGAGGCCUGGACGUGCAGAUGGAGACGUGUCGGCGGAUGAUCAAAGGCGGCAGGAACUCUCCCUCCGUCAGCUCUGUGGCCAGCAGCGACUCAGGGAACACAGACGAGAUCCAGGACGAGAUCCUGGACAAGGACGCAGAGGCUGAGGGUCCCGUUAGUUGAUGGCCGCACAGCCGUCCGUAGUCCCACCUCUUCCCAAACGCCCCUCGUCCUCACAGGUAGAGAUGGAGCCACCUACAUCUGGGCCUGUUUGACCUGUUUAAGUUCUGAUGGUCAUGCUCACUGUUGCAGGACCUGAACUGGUGCUUUUAUACUAUUUUGUUAGGAAGUGGUGGUGGUGGUGGU